AUGAUUAUUAAGGAUUUUGUUAAAAACUGGAAUUUUCCAAAUAUUGACUUGAACAACUGGAUGCUUAGUCACUCGCAGCUGAAUGUUGCAGGACCCAUUAUUGGAUCCGGUGAAUUCGGAAAAGUUGAAUGUGCUUCUCUGCAGAUAGAAUCAGUCUCCAUACAGGUAGCUGUGAAGUCGGUGAUUCCAGGUAACUGUAGGACAGCCUGUUACCGCGAUUUUUGCAAUGAAGCAGAACGCUUGAUAACCUUACAAGAACACAACAACAUCAUUAAACUGUAUGGUUUUGUAACUAGAGGAGAUCCGAAGUAUAUCGUCAUCGAAUACGCCAAGCAUGGUGAUUUGAAGUGUUAUCUGCAUACUCUGAGAAACAGCGUGAUUACAGUCGCCAUAGAAACAAGACUUGUGAAGAUCGCUAUGAACGUUGCCUCCGCAUUAGAGUACAUGGAAACAUUGAGGGUAAAAUACGUAGUUAAAUCAUGGACACUGUUGUUUAUGGCAAAUGAACCACUUCGCACGAAGUGUGCCCCCUCUCCCGGUGAAUUCAAACGAAAGUCUAAAUUCUCAUUUCAGAUCGUACACCGUGAUCUCGCAUGUCGUAACAUCCUUCUAACAGAGGAUUACAUAGCAAAAAUUGGUGACUUUGGUCUGAGUCGUGACGUAUACGAGAGUGGAGAAUACUCCCUUCUGCAAGGGGCUGAAGGUCAAGGUCCCUUGCCAUUGAGAUGGAUGCCACCUGAAUUAUUGAAUAGAGGAAUAUUCGAACCCAAAAGUGAUGUGUGGUCAUUUGGUGUUGUCAUGUGGGAAAUAGCUUCCUUGGGAGAAACUCCGUUCCAAACUCUUCCAGUGUUUGUAUUCAGUAAAAUGUUGGACGAUGGCACAAGACUCCAUAAACCAAAUAACUGUACAAACAAAGCAUAUAUUCUUAUGUACAAAUGUUGGCUUAAACAUAUCGAAUCUCGACCCUCACCAAGCACAUUGCUGGAAGAACUUGAAGAGUUUUUGAGUGAAAAUGAGAAAAUAUUCACCAAUAUUCAUCCAGAUGCGCUGAGUCACGUGGUAGACGAGUCACAAGUAUAGAUGUGUGUUGCAGUGUUACCUAGCAACGUGUUUUAAAUCGAUAUAAUAUUUAUACUGCCAAAGCGAAGUCAGCGUGGACCUUCCGUUGCGAGACACGAUACAAACGCAGAUAGUUAUACAUUUUGAGAAUAAAAACAAGCAGGUUAGACAUAUAUAGACCCACACAAUAAUAAAAGCAAAAUCUUUCAAAAUACAUCUUCCAUGAUACUUGAUGAUGCAACUAAGUACUACUCGGAAACACACAACUAUACCUAACCAACUGAUGUGUAAUGUACUGUUUAGUCUUAUUUUCUAUAUCUUGGUAAUUCAUAUAUUUAUAAAGCAAGCAAUUUGUAGUGUACCGGUAGUAGUAUACAUGUUC